UUUUUUCCCUAAAGCGGAGCAGUAUUGUACUUUGACUGCUCCGAAAACUAGUGUGUUGUUUGAAACUUGUUUGUUUCAGCUUGCAUCAAGAUACAUGUUAUUUUAACGGAACCGUAGCAACUGGGGCUCGCUUGCCUUCCGGCCUUUCUUCGUUAAUUCAGGUUUGCCUGAAUUGUUAGUUUAAUUCGGCCCAGCUGCUACGUCCUAAAAUGCUCCGCUUGGGCCAAGCCACCGCUGUGUUGCGAUUACUUUCUACAGAGAGCUGCUUGGGGAUUGGCGGCAUCUCCCCGAGAAGAUCCGCGUCCGGAGAGAAGAAAAAAGAGAUUCUGUUACACGUGCAUGGAAAGGCAGACUGUGGAAUUGCAGAAAUUCAGAUGAACAGACCACAUGCCAGAAACGCCCUGGGAAAAGUGUUUGUGGACGAAUUAUAUGAAAUCCUUGAUGUUCUCCGUUUUGAUGAAAGGAUACGUGCUGUAAUAGUCAAAAGCAAAGUAAAGGGUGUUUUUUGUGCUGGUGCUGACUUAAAAGAGAGAGCUCAAAUGAAUGAUUCUGAAGCUGACCAUUUUGUUCAGAGGCUCAGAAGUUUAAUGGACAACAUUGCUGCAUUACCAAUGCCGAGUAUUGCUGCAAUUGAUGGCUAUGCUUUGGGUGGCGGCUUGGAGAUGGCGCUAGCUUGUGAUCUCCGAGUAGCAGCAUCGUCAGCUAAAAUGGGUUUAAUUGAAACUACCAGAGGACUUUUCCCUGGUGCAGGUGGAACCCAGCGCUUACCACGCUGCAUUGGCAUUGCCCCUGCCAAAGAGCUCAUUUUCACUGGCAGACAGAUUGAUGGGCAAGAGGCUUUCUCCAUGGGGUUACUUAAUCACACAGUACCACAGAAUGAGGAAGGAGAUGCAGCAUACCAAAAGGCAUUAACUUUAGCUGAAGAAAUAGUUCCCCAGGCUCCAAUAGCUGUGAGGCUGGGUAAAUUGGCUAUAAACAAAGGGACUGAGGUUGAUAUUGCCUCAGGAAUGGCCAUUGAAAGAAUGUGCUAUGCCCAGAAUCUUCCUACCAAAGACCGCCAGGAAGGAAUGGCUGCUUUCAUUGAGAAACGACUUCCAAAAUACAUUGGUAAAUGAGGCUAACACUGUUUCUGAAAGUGCCUGAAUACAAUACGAGGAGGUGAUCAAAAGGCUUUGCCUUAUUGGAAAGCUGUCAAGACUGCUAACAUCCGAUGUUCUUGCUUGACAUAAAUGAAGAAGCAAACCUGUUUAUUUAACCCGUAUAUCACUUCUAGAGUUAAAGUCAAACAAUGUUAGAAUAGCGGGUGGGAAAGUAUGUAAUCUGGGAAUAGAUAGCCACCACCAUAUCUCAGUAUAGUAUUUCCAAGGUCAGAUGUAACUAGAGGAGUUACGGGAGGGAAAGAUUGCACUUCAAACUAAUUGGAGAACGUGAUUGAUGACUGUUAAAUGAAGGAAUGAGUUACGCUUUGUUACGGGUGAUUGGGGGAGGGAGGAUUCAGUUUUUGGCUACAUUAUGUACCUGCCGAAGCUAUGUAGCAAUAAAAGGAUUCUUUAAGGUAAAACAAAGCCUCAAAGUUCUUUGAAAAGCUGCUUCUUUCGGAACCAUGACAAAAGCUGUUCCUUAUAAGCUUUAGGCUUAAUGUUUUUUUGUUUUUGGCUUGGAAUCUGUUUUGGAUGUCAAGAACUAAACGGUAAUAAUGUAAAGGGUAUUGCUGUUCAAAUAUGACAGUAAUAAAAAAAAUCAUUUUCCAACCAAAGCCCAUACUUAUGAGGGAGAGAGUAACACUGACUAUUAUUGCAUAAGAAAACUUUUAUCCAGCGAGACAGCAGCAGUUGGUGACUUUGCAGCCUUUCUCUUUUUUAGUCACAAUGUUCACUUAGGAACAGAUUUCAGUUGCUAAAUGAGGAGAGACUGUGUAUCAUCCCAAAGAACAAGCAACUGCAUUUGUUAGAUUUUAUAAGCAAUGUACAAAAACUAAGAUUCUUCUCCAAAGAAAAUUUACAAUAAUGUAUAAAGUCACCUUUGAAUCAGCUUCAGCUUCUGGUAAUUUACAUGGAUAAACCAAUGCAGUUUUCUUGGUAUAGAUGGAAGUGGUUUGCUAUUGUCAGCUUUGGGAAUUUUUUUAAUGGCUAUCAAAUGCAGAAUUUCAUGUAAUUCCCUAAACAUCUUAAGAACAUCAAUUAUUUUAUGACAAAAUAAUGUAAAACUAUAUGAGUUUUCUCUGCGUUUCUGAAUUAUAUAAAGCUCAGAAUUAAAAGACUAAACUGAAAA